AACAGAGAUCUUCUUUCUUCAUCAGGACUCGAGAGUCUUGUGGCGUGCAUUCCCCCACGUCAUGAUGAUCGAUGCAACGUACAAGACAAACAUAUACAAUAUGCCCUUUAUCCAGAUUGUUGGUAUGACGCCUACCAACAAAUCGUUUAUUAUCGCGCAUGCCGUUGUUAGUAAAGAACGGGGUGAUAACUUUGUGUGGGUGCUUGAGAGGGUUAAGGCAAUGUUGGAUGAAUGUAUGGAGCCACGUGUGAUUUUAACGGAUAGAGACCUAGCCCUUAUGGGCGCGUGUGCUAAAGUAUUUCCAGACGCCUCCAGGCUUCUUUGCAGGUGGCACAUACAACAGAAUGUUAUGAAGCACUGCAAGGGUGCCUUCACAGACGACGACUGGAAGAAAUUUAUGUCAUUCUGGGGUUCAUUGAUUGAGUCUCCAUCCAUACCCAUCUACGACUACCACUUGCGCAACAUGCGAAAGCGACUUGUGGAGUGCAAACGUUCUAUAUUUAUUAUGGAGGACGAUCUGAUACCGGGCGAUGACAUUCACAUAGAGCCGGUUCAGCAGGGUCCACGACGGAGACAGCGACCGCCUGUGGAUACGCUGCAGGGGCAUCCAUAUCUUGAGUUUCCCGACGGCACUGACGCCGCCCGUCAUUGCCAGAAGCUUAGGAGGAUGCACGUUGGAUCGCAUGCAUCGAUCGACUGGGAUGCGAUGGAGGAGAUUGCUGAGACGCCGAGAGUGCGUCGGUUUAUACCUAUCGAUUCGCCGUGGCAUCGUCUUUUUGAUUUGGCGCACACGCCGACCUACAGGGAGCUGCUGGUCGAGUUCCUUUCGUCAUUCACAUUUCACCCUCCUGGGGAGCCAGUGCCGCUUCCGUACCCAGGUGCUCCCCAUCCGCCUGAGGUUUCUUUCAGGCUUGCUGGCGUUAUGCGUUCGAUGACGCUAACACAGUUUGCGGUGCAUUGUGGUUUAUACAUGCAGGAGGAGAUCGAGACUGAGAUUUACACAGCGGGGCUAGUGGUGGUUGAAAAACCCACUCUUGUAGGGUUUUGGCAGGUGAUUGCGGGGGCGGAUCAUUGGGAGCACGAAAAGUCGAAGGGGAGGGUGUCGUUUGUUAGGGACCCACUAUACAGGUAUCUGCACCAUUUGCUCGCCACUUCUAUUUCAGCGCGCGGCUACAGCCGUGAGUGGUGUACGACCACAGAUCUUUUUUUCCUUUACUGUUUGUUGUAUAGGAGGUCGUGCGCGCUAGCACACGGUCUAGCCCAGUACUUCGCCUCCGGCCAUCACCGGCAGGAGCGCGGAUUUUUGUAUGGCGGGGCGUACGUGACCGUCAUUGCCCGUUCAUUGGGCCUCGUACCACACCAGGACCCACAUCUACGGACGCCGGCCAUCAUGCCGACGCGGAUGGGUAUGCAGUCGCUAUGGGGGAUGAGGGUUAUCAGGAGGUUCCCCAUUGGCCCGCGGUUUAAAAACCGCGAAGGGGGCGUAUGGACAGAGCAGGCCUUACCAGAGCAUUUCGAGCCCGUUCAUCCUCCUGCAGAUCCUGCUGAUGUAGUGCCCGUGGAGGACCCUCCGGAGGAUCUAGACGGUGCAGCGGAGCCACAGCCACCGCCACCUGCCGGGGCACCUCAGUUUCCACGUCACGUUAUUCGAGGUCGUGCCCCAGGAGCUGCGCUACAUCCGGAUGUACGAGCCAGGCUUGACAGGCUCGACGAUUUGGUAGGUUGGCUGGUACGGGCGGAGCAGGAUAGACGAGAGAGAGAGGGAUUACCCCCGAUACCGCUUCCACCGGUUCGAGCACCACAUCAGGAGCACCAGCCGCAGCAGCAGCAUCAGGAUUCAGAUUCGGAUUUGGAUGCAUAGACCUGUUGUUGUUUUUAUUGUUAUUAUGGAUGUACAAACUUAUCUUAUAUAUUUUUGUUAUGGAUGUAAACAGUUAUCUUAUAUAUGUCAUAUUUAUGUUUGUUUUCA